GCUGUCAAAUAUUAUAUUUUGGUUGUUUGGCAUUUUCCGGCUGCAAGUUGUAUUCCUAUUUUAAUAUUUGGUUUUAAAUCACUAAGUUGUAUGAGAUAGUAAUAAUGUUUUCAUUACUUCACAAAGAAGAAGCCGCUCAUGAUGAUGGAAUCUGGUCGUGCUCAUGGGGGCGAUUACAACCAGAGGGUGUGCAUACUGAUAAUGGUGAAGAAGGAAAAGAUCCGGAUGCUAGCAAUGACUCCUUGUUUGGAACAAAAAAACCCGAGCCAGUUGAUUUUAUUGUGACAGGUGGAUUAGACGAUUUGGUGAAAGUGUGGGAUAUACGAGAAGAUGAUCAGCUGAAGCUCCGACAUACACUAAAAGGGCAUUCACUUGGUGUGGUUUCAGUAGCUGUUAGUCCUGAUGGGAAAACAAUUGCGAGUAGCUCAUUGGAUUCCAGCUUAUGUUUUUGGGACUCUAAAAGCGGGCAACAAAAGAAUUUGCUUUCGUUUGGUCCCGUAGAUUUGUGGACCGUCGCCUUUUCUCCUUGCAAUAAAUAUGUUAUAUCAGGAUCCAAUGAUGGCAAAAUUUCAAUGUAUAGCGUAGAGACUGGUAAAGCAGAACAGGUUCUUGAUCCUCAAAAUGGAAAGUUUACCUUAAGCAUCGCUUAUAGUCCGGAUGGAAAAUACAUAGCAAGUGGUGCAAUAGACGGAAUCAUCACAAUAUUCGACGUAGCUGCUGGUAAAGUGGCACAAACUCUUGAAGGUCAUGCAAUGUCGGUACGAAGUUUAUGCUUCUCCCCUAAUUCUCAAAUGUUACUUACUGCUUCUGAUGAUGGACAUAUGAAGCUAUAUGAUGUAGCCCACUCGGACGUUGCUGGAACCCUAUCUGGUCAUGCAUCCUGGGUGCUAUGUGUUUCAUUUUCUGAGGAUGGUAAACAUUUUGCGUCUUCCUCCAGCGACAUGACCGUAAAAAUCUGGGACUUUGCCGAACGUAAAUGUAUGCACACAUUUUCAGAUCAUAGUGAUCAAGCCUGGGGCGUAAAAUACAGUUUAUCAAAUGAUAAAGUUAUCUCUGUUUCUGAGGAUAAAUCAUUAAAUUUGUAUAAUUGUCCGCCUAACGUUAUAGUAUAACAUAAAUAAUAAAAACAGAUUUUUUAACCGUAAAUCAAUCGUCAUGUACUUUUCAAUAUGUAAUUAAAUUUAACAACAAUGAAUUCUACUUAAUGUUAUUAGAGUAAAUUAUUUUUUACAUUUUCCCAC